AGGACGUGGUUCUCCCAUGUAAAAGAGCCACCCAUCAGUCAAAAGCGGUGCGGACUUGGAAAAGGGCAAAAGCCCUACCUUAUUCGUCGGACUCUGAUUCGGACUCGGAGGAAGUUUCUGACUCUGAUUCCCGACCGAGUGGACCCGGUUUACUCAGAGGACUCAUCUCCUGAACGCAGUGUGACUGCGCCGCCAGCUAUUGAAGUUAGGCGGGAGGCGGACAAAUCCACUAUUUUAGACCCUCAAGUGGAACCCCUUUUUGAGCCUGAUGCCCUGCAUAACCUUCGCUUGGCUGACUGGUACCCCACUGACCAUGUGGCCAAAUACAUCGCAACUAGAGUUAGAAAACCGCUAGAUAAGGCCACGAAAAGUAAACUCAGAGCAGAGUGCCCAUGCCCUACAGUCCCUGACAUGGCCUGUGUUACCUCGGAUGUGGAUCCUAAGAUUGCCCAAUUUCUGGGAAAAUCAGGUUGGAAGGCCAAAAAGGGACUAGACUAUUCCCUGCAACACUGUCAGGACAAAGUCUUAGACGUAUUAGGGCUUGUAGCCACUAUCUUCGACAUGGUCUAA